UAUAGCUGUACGUAUACGCGUGUACGGACUGGCCUGCUAGGGCUCUCGCCUAUAUAGCCAGUCCUCCACGCACACCUUCCUUUCCUCUCCUCCGCACAACAACGCAUAUCUUACCCUACCCCCAAUAGUGCCUCGCCCCGUGAUAAAUACCAUACCUUCACCUGACCCCUCCUCUCCUCCCUCGCAGUAUCCGUCCUGAUCCAUCAUGAUGCUCUCCCGUCUAAGUGAUCCCUUCCGCUCUAGCUCUCAAGCUCCAGCUCCAGCUUCAGCUCCAGCUCAACGCCCACACUCACGGCGUCACCAGACAAACAAACACAACAAACACACCCGUCAAGACUCCGAGAAGACCAACUCGGACUCACUCCCACCACCACCUCUCCCCAAGGAGGACAACAGCAACAAGAAACCGAACAUGGCCAACCCCUCCUCUUCCACCAAGAAAGGCAAAUCCCCCGCCGCCUCCUCAGAAAAACCUCAACCCCCCCUCCCCCUUCCCCUUCCCCGACCUCCCUCCCCUCCCCCCUCCGACAACCCAUCCAAACCAAUCCCCCUUCUCACAAAAAACGCCCUGCGCCCCUCCACAGCAUCCACCGAAACCGCCCUCCGCCUAACCCGGCACCACGCCUCCCUCGCACUCAAACAAGCCCAACGCGCCGAACGGGCCUACACCUCGCGCAAGCGGGCCGCCCUGGCACGGGCCAACAAGGUCGAAGCGGCGGCGCAUUUCCGGCCAGCACGGAGCCAUUUCCGACUGGCUGUCUCGUUAAGUUGGGGGUGGGUUAGAGGGGUGCCGUAUUUGGUUGAGCAGGGGUGGGAGGAAAGACGGAAGAGUUGGGAGGAGGGGAGGAAAAUGAGGAGGGAGGAGGAGGAGGAAGCGAGGGAGAGGAAGGGGGGGAGGGGGAAGGGAAAAGGGGGUGGUAGAGAACGCGUGAGAGAGUUUAAUGAGAGUGAGGGUGAGGAUGACGGGGAGGAGGAGGAAAGUGAUACCGGUGGGGAGAGUGAUGGUGACCAGAGGAGGAGGGUUGGGAAGGGGGGGAGAAGGGAGAGGAAGGGGGGUAGGAGGAGGGAGGAAGUGAGGGAGAUUGAUGAGAGUGAGGAUGAGGAUGACGGGGAGAGUGAUCGGGACCAGAGGAGGAGGAGGAGGAGGGGAAAGGGGAGGAGGUGAAGGGAUGAGAAGGUGUAAAGGGUUAUGAUGGGUGGGAGGCUUUUGUUUCUUGGUUGUUCAUGGUGUUGAUGAUGUUUCUUGGCGCCGGAUUCCUCUUCUUUUUUAAUCCAUUUCCGAUUUUUUCCCCCUUCCACUACUCUUUCAGACAAACCGCCGUAUUUCCUUUGUCGAUACUUCCAUAUUUCAAGAUUUACGAGGGCAGGGCGGAGGGAUGAGUGACUUCCACAAGUCAGCGUGACGACCUUCACGGUAAUGAGAUUAAUGAGACAGGAAGAUGAGAAGGAUGAAGGGACGUGUCGGCUGGUAUGAAACAGCUCAUGAACUUACGAUCUUGCGAUUAGUUGGUUGAGUUUAUGAUGGGACUUGUAUGACGAAUUCUGUCAGCUUGAGAUCUAAUGUUUAACGUUGGGGUUGGAUAAGUUGGAUAGGUGGAAGCUAGUAUUAAUGAUAAUGUUUCGAAGGGCAGAAAUGCUGA